ACUCUUCGAUUGGUUUUCGAUAUGGCGUCGAAGCGGAUUUUGAAGGAAUUGAAGGAUCUGCAGAAGGAUCCUCCUACUUCAUGUAGCGCAGGACCUGUCGCGGAAGACAUGUUUCAUUGGCAGGCCACGAUAAUGGGUCCAACGGACAGUCCUUACUCUGGAGGAGUUUUUCUUGUAACCAUCCAUUUCCCUCCAGAUUAUCCAUUUAAACCUCCUAAGGUGGCUUUUAGGACAAAGGUGUUCCAUCCAAACAUUAACAGCAAUGGGAGCAUCUGCCUCGACAUCUUGAAGGAGCAGUGGAGCCCUGCGCUCACAAUUUCCAAGGUGCUGCUAUCGAUCUGUUCGUUGCUAACGGAUCCAAACCCGGAUGAUCCUUUGGUCCCCGAGAUAGCUCACAUGUACAAGACAGACAAGAACAAGUACGAGUCCACUGCUCGGACCUGGACCCAAAAGUACGCCAUGGGCUGA